GUGCGUUUGAGGGGACGGGCGGUUGGAGUAAAAGGAGUUGCCGGGCGAUAGUGCAUCACAUACGUUUUUAUCGGGAGGAGUCUUCCUAGCAAAAUUGUACUUCAAUAUAAAAUAAAGGAAUUCCUUUGACGACUUUAUACAAAAACAUUACAUCGACUGCUGCCUUUAUGUCUGUUUUAACAUCCCCGCAAGUGACGGAAUCAAGGUGUUGGUGAUAGGUAACUUAAUUAUUUUACUAGCUUUGAAGCACAUUGCAACUUGACCACGGCGGUCCCCGUCUCAACGCAGGACAGCACCUUGAUUGUGCCGUUGCACGCCAGCUAACAAAGCUAUCGAUAGUUUGCUAACUAGUGUGAGCAAACGUCAAGUUGCCCGCUGGAGACGGUAUCUACCUAACGGUAUCUGUUGAUCCCAUCAACACCCAAAUCCCCAGCCCCUUCACCCCUCUCCCUCCACCACCCGAAACACUGGAAAUCCACAAACGGUUGGAGAGCGGCGACGGGCCAGCGGCAGGGAAGCUGGGGGUGGUACCGGAACCGCACGGAGUCGUAGCGGCUUCAGAAAAGACCAGCCGUGGGGACCUACCGACUACUAUGGACGGGUUGGCGGUGGAGGUUCGCGGCUCGAACGGGGCCUUCUACAAGGGGUUCAUCAAAGAUGUCCACGAAGACUCACUCACAAUAGUAUUCGAAAACAACUGGCAACCAGAGAGACAGCUGCCCUUCAGUGACGUUCGGCUGCCGCCCCCAGCCGACUACCACAAGGACAUCGGUGAGGGAGAGGAGGUGGAGGUGUACUCGAGGGCCAAUGAGCAGGAGCCAUGUGGCUGGUGGCUGGCCCGGGUGAGAAUGAUGAAGGGAGAGGUGAGUCAGGGACUGUUCUACGUUAUCGAGUACGCAGCGUGCGACGCCACAUACAACGAGAUCGUCACGCACGAACGCAUCCGGCCCGUCAACCCCAACAGCCCUUCCUCCCGAAACUCCUUCCACAAGGUCCCCAUCGCCAUCCCAGAAGACCUACGGAACAUCUGUGCGAACGACAACAUCCAUAAAGACUUCAGGAAAGCCAUUGGAGCCAACUGCAUCUUCUACAGUGCAGCCUCACACGAGCUCAUCGUGCUGUCAACAAAUGAGACAACAGUGAAGCGUGCUGCUCUCCUGAGCGACAUGCACUUCCGCAGCAUCCGUACCAAGCUCAUGCUCAUGUCCCGCAACGAAGAAGCCACUAAACACCUUGAGACAAGUAAGCAGCUGGCGUCCGCGUACCAGGAAGAGGUGAAGGUAAGCGAAGACCUGAUGGGUCUGGCCAUUGGCUCCCACGGUGCCAACAUCCAGCAGGCCAGGAAGGUGCCUGGUGUCACCGCCAUCGAACUGGAGGAGGAGAGCUGCACCUUCAGGAUCUACGGAGAGACCCCAGAAGCGGUGAAGCUGGCCAGGGUUUUCCUGGAGUUCAAAGAAGACUACUUCCAGGUGCCCAGGAACCUCGUAGGAAAAGUGAUCGGCAAGAACGGCAAAGUCAUCCAGGAGAUUGUGGACAAGUCGGGGGUGGUGCGGGUCCGGAUCGAGGGGGACAAUGACAAAAAGCUUCCCCGUGAGGAGGUAGGCAAGCAGGGGGCUGGCAGAGAAGACACUGCCCCUAAAGAAGAGGGCAUGGUCCCCUUUGUCUUUGUGGGGACUAAAGAGAACAUCAGCAACGCCCAGGCCCUACUGGAGUACCAUGUGGCCUACCUACAGGAAGUGGAGCAGCUGCGUCUGGAGCGGCUGCAGAUUGAUGAGCAGCUCCGUCAGAUCGGGGUGGGGUACCGUGCCCCCCCUAGUCGGGUCGGGGGCACCGGCCCCGGGGACAGGGAGAAGGGCUACCUCACAGACGAGAGCAGCAACUCCACCAACCCCCACACCUCCCGCACCUACGGAGGCCGCGGACGAGGACGCCGGCCCUCCAACAGCCAGUACUCUGGAUAUGGUACUAACUCUGAGCAGUCCAAUGCUUCUGAGUCAGAGGACCUCAACGAGCGUGACCAGCGGCCCCGAGGCGUGGGCGGAGAUGAGAGGGGUUCCCGUCGGGGUGGCAGGGGCCGUGGAUCCAACACCGGACGGGGUCGCGGAGGACCCGCCUCAAGGACUACCAACUCUAUCAGCUCAGUGCUGAGGGACCCAGACAGCAAUCCGUUCUCCCUGCUGGAGGGUGAGAGUGAGCAGGGCGACACGGACACCAGCGAGGGAGUGGGAGGAGUAGACCGCAGGAGACGCUCCCGCCGUCGCCGUAAUGACCAGGAGCCAAGCGUGAUGGACGCCGCUGCCACAGAGUCAGACAGCCAGGUCGGACCCAACGAGAACGGACUAGAUGAGGAGGGCCGACCCCAGCGCCGCAACAGGAGCCGCCGCCGUCGUAACCGCGGCAACCACCCCGAGGGAGGAUCCCCCAGCCAUGACAGACAGCCAGCCGAGGUGACCGUGGCAGACUACAUAUCCCGCGCCGAGUCGCAGAGCCGACAGAGCCUUCCCCAGGAGACACUUGCUGCUUCCGAGCCUAAAGAGAACGGAAGCAGCGCCAAGAAGGACGAGCGCAUGGUGCCCUCCAAGCGUUCCCCUAGCAACGGCAUGGCCACGCCCAGCGAGACCCUGGUCAACGGCGUCUCGUAGAGGACUAGGUCCCGCCCCCUAAAAACCCAGGUCUAGAGCAAGACUUCAUGGCAAACUCUGUCCCUGCUUGCAUUUACUUAAACCUUAAAACAGAUGAGUGAAAAACAACAAAAUACCGGAUUCAUACUUUGAGUGAGAGGGGGGAGAGAAAAAGUACAAAAAAACGACAGUCGCAUCUUACUUAAACACACGUAACGGUGUAUGUUAUCCUAUCUAUCAGUACUUAGAGCUUAUUUUAAAAAACAACUAGGUUGCCAAAAGGGCUGGUGGAUAUGACUUGAUUUAUAAGAGAACUGAAUCUCAGAAAACAGGACGAGACAAUUUUUUUUUUUUUAUGUUAUUACUGGUUUGGACUUGUGGUCGCUCUCCCAUUCAACCAGAAGCGUCUCUAAAAGUUGAGAGGAGAAUAGAUGCCAGCUGGAGAAAGGGAGGGAUAGGCGGAUGAGUCCAAGCGGUGAAGAACAAGUGUCAGGAGUGCUACGUACCCUGGCCUAAAUGUCGGUUGGUGAUGACGGACAGACCGAUGUGAUUAUUGAUAGACAUUGUGCCUUGAAUUUGAAAAAGUUCAUUGUUGAGUUUUGUGUCACAGGAAAGAGGUUUUUAUUUUAUUUUUGCUCAGAGAACAGACCAGUAGUGAGGGAAUGGGAGUUAAGAGUGUAGAGGUGUUAACUGUGGUAGGACAGAAAACAAGGGAACGAGUGACUGGCCAGAAAGUCUGGUGCCAAACAAAAAAAUUCAAGGCGCUUGUCCUCAGUGAGAGUGGACUGGACAGCGUGUGUGUGUGUGUGUGUGUGUGUGUGUGUGUGUGUGUGUGUGUGUGUGUGUGUGUGUGUGUGUGUGUGUGUGUGUGUGUGUGUGUGUGUGUGUGUGUGUGUGUGUGUGUGUGUGUGUGUGUGAGAGAGAUUGUGUUUGUACGUACGUGUGCACAGUUGAGAGAGCUGGCAACCACAGGAUUAAAAUCGGGUGGGGGGGGGGGAGAACACAGAAUUCUUGGAACAUUGCCCUGGGUCGGUGGUGAGGUCACAAAGGCAGGCGAGGCCGCUCUUUUGGCCGGGCGGGGUAGGAGGAAGUGUUGCAUCACUUCCCGUCUCCCAUGCUCGACACUAGUGUCCAGGGCUGUCCCUAUACAUCCUGACAGACCGACUGACCGACAAACAAUGAGAGGUUAAGGACUUGAUGAUAUAUGGAUCGAUUUAGACUUUAAACAAAUGAGAAUUUUAGUGCCUCUUUUUCUCAUGGCCCACUAGCAGUGUGGAAUAGAGAGGUAGGGUAGCACGGCGCUCUAGCUUCCAGCCACACUUACUAAUGCCUGGGUGAACUGCAGAAUCGCGGUCUGAACGCACAUGCCACGACGACCAUGAGGGAAGGGAGGUAGACGGGUUGAAGGUGAGCCACGUUGUUUCACCCUUCUAGAAUGGUCCGUGUGGUCGUGGCUGGGGGAGGAGACAGGCAGACUAGACUGACUGUGAUGCUCACAGCUUCAAAAGGGAUGAGUAGAGCCAUACACACACUGGCUUACACAGAUGCACGACCGCACCACGACACUGUUGCAAUUCAGUCACGGGCGGAGGGCUUCAGUCAGUGUGGUCGACUGUGCGUUGUGGUCAAAGGAGAAAUUACAGUGUUUUGAGAUGGAACUAUAAGCGACAUGGUUGUCCGGUUCCUAAAGGUGGCGGUCGACAGGCGAGGGAGGGGGGUGGGGGGUGGCUCAUGUUACUGUCUUGGUUACCUCUCUCAACUGCGUUUUGUUCUUUCCACAUAGAAAAUAUGAAAUAAAAUGGAAAUGAAAUCAACUGUCUUUUGAGAUGAACUGGUUGAUUUCUUCUGAGUUUGCACUAUUUUUCUAAAACGAUCAACAAACCAACUGCAUGAUCAUUCAGCAGUAGCUUUGCACGAGGCAGAGGGUUCACGUUUCAGUUUCACCAUUUUAUCCGCUACUAGAACUGCUGCUAAUGUCCACCUUGAAUGUGUUUUAGAAUCCAUACCGUAGACACUUGAGUACUGUUGUGGCUUCGGAAUACCUUUCCACCACUCAAAUUCACCCACAAUAUGGCUGCCUUUUUACAAGGAUGACUAAGAAUAAAAGAAACCCCAUUUCCUUAGUGUAAUUGUUUUCUUACCCUCAUUAAAUACUUAUUGUAAUACUCAGUGUAACAUUGAGCAUGAUAGAUGUUCACACAAGUAUUGAGGCUAGUUAGGGAUUGUGUUUACUGAAUUACAAUCACCCAGAUUGAUUGACCCCUUUUUUUCUUUUCAACUGUCUGCGUGUUAAUGCGUCAGCAGUGCACUGAGUAUUUCUAUAUUUGGUUCAUGUGUGCAUGCCUGCAUGUAGGAUUGAGAAAGAUGGAUCACUUUUGUCUUGUUAUAGUGUGAAAUGUGUACCUCGCUCCGUUGUCUUUAAUACUAUCUGCCGCUUGUGGCUCACUAUCCCCAUGUCUUUCUGGGUGGAGAGAAUGUUGACCUUUCUGUGCGUGUAUGCUAGUAGUACUGUUCAGGUACUGUCAACUCCUCAGUGUCAGGUAGGCUGGUCUUCACACAUGUUCUGAUGGCAAUAAAGGACUUCAUUGUUUGAUAA